AUGGAUUGCCUGUGGCCGUGGCUGCUCCUCGUGGCAGCAGUUGAAGUCGCUGGCGUGCUGGCAGGAGGAUCGAUUGGUCUUGCUGAGCCUACCACGGAAUCUGAGACGACGAGCAGCACCUGGCAAAGCCGUCGUCCUUUUCCAUCAACUAUAGAGGAAGAGCUUCCUGUACUUGGGGGCCACCCAGCGUUCGCAAGAGUGGACACCGAGACGGCGCUGAGCUGGGAAGAUGCCACCAAGGCUUCAGUCAGCUUCCCCUGCACUACAUGCACUACUGUAGCGGACGAGACCGCUUCUGUGCAGGAAGAGACAGCAGGCUCAUUCGAAGUGCUGCAGUCUAACCCAGAUGAACUGCCAGUGGAGGAGACCUCCCCGGUGGCGGCGGCGGCUGUCCCCCUUCGAGGACUUAAGUCCCUUAUUCUGAGCUCGUUGCUCCUGGGUGUCUUACUCCUUAUUGUAACUGCUCCAGAUGAAGUGUACAAUGAAGACAACGCCUUGGUCGCUUGGAGGCACUUCUUCGCCGAGGAGAUGAUAGACGGAAUGUUUGCGAUUGAUGACUUCUUGGACGCGAAGGCUCCAGUUUUCCCCUUCAAAAUUUUCAGCUUCUGGAUGCUCGCAGGAGCUGUCCCGAUGAUGUUUGUGUCGGGUUUGGUAAAUGUUGUACAAAGCAUCAAAAGGCGAAGGCAAGGGCUACCUCUUCUCCAAGGCCCGCGAGUCUCCGGCCUGACCGUGAGCCUCAUGGCCGCCCUUCUGAGCGUCUGGGUGAUGCUGUUGCCCGUCUACAGAAGUGCAGGCGACUAUGAGGGCCAUUUAUUGGAGGAAGUCAGUGUGAAUAUUGCAUGGGGCGUCAAUAUCGCGUGCUUGUCCCUCCUCUUGCUCUGA